AUGUCCGAUUAUGCUAAUUACUUAAAGGAACAGAAUAAGAAAACAAAACAUUUCCAGUCCUUAACAGAACCUGUGCGUUCAAUUGCUGAUAACCUAGAUUUCCGAUUUCUCCCACAGUGUGAAGCUAUUCCCUCUCUUUUAAUUGAACUGGAAUCACUUCUACGUGAGAAAGAUAAUUUUCUGUUUAUAGUGUUGGAGGAUGUGUGCCCUACUGACCCUCGUCGGAAGUACGACUAUCUACAAGCACUAAAGUCAUGUGGUCUUGCUGUGAAGGCUGCCAUGCUUACAUACAGGCUUAGUAACAACAUUGGGAACACUAACUGUGUCUGGAAAGUUCCUGGACAAGAUCCCGAUUCCUUAUGCCAAAGCCAGCAAACAAUUGAAAUCGUCAAGAAGCAAAUUCCUACGUUUCACACAAGAGCAAUGCGACAAUCACUGAUGCAGAAAUAUGGAAGAGUUGCUCCAAAUAAAAAGCCAGCUGUUCUGCGUAGCCUCUACCGGGUCUUAACAGAUGACAGUUCUGCUGCUACCAAUGAACACACAGCAGAAAUUGAUGAAAGAGUCAGACUUAUUCUGGAUAUGGAAGAUCCCGAUGUUGUUCUUGACUUGAGAGCUUUAAAUACGGGAAUGACGUCUUCUGGGAUAAAUGCAAAAAGUUUUUGGAAGAAGAAGUGGGAACACCUGUUGAUGACAGACGCUAUGACCAAGGGGUGCACCUUGCUCGAGCAAUAUCAGCAAGAGAUCUCAUUGAGCAAGUGA